UCUGCCUCAACCUCUGAAUGUGAACCAUCAAAGUCAGGGGGAAAGGAUGCCUGUAGCACGAGGGAAAUCAAAAUCCAAGGCAUCAGUGACUUUUGGAGACAUAGCCAUCUACUUCUCACAGGAGGAAUGGGAAUGGCUGAGUCCCAUUCAGAAGGAUUUGUACGAAGAUGUCAUGUUGGAGAACUAUCAGACUCUGGCCUCGCUUGGUCUUGUCUGUAGGAGACCAAAUGUCAUCGCCUUGUUGGAGAAAGGGAAAGCACCAUGGAUGGUGGAGCCGUCAAGACGGCGCCGCGGCGCUGAAUCAGGGUCUAAGCGUGAGACCAAGAAGUUACCACCAAAUCAAUGUAACAAAUCUACGCAAAGUACCCAUCAGAAACCAUUUUCUCCACAACAAAAAGUCACCACAGGGAAGACAACACAAAACAAAAAUUCAUCGGGAAGAAAACCCAAGAAAGGACAUUCAGGCAAGAAAUCUUUAAAGUGCAAUGAUUGUGGGAAAACGUUUCUUCGAAGUUUGUCUUUUAAACUUCAUCAAGACUUUCACACUGGAGAGAGAUCUUAUGGAUGCAGUAAUUGUAGACAAGUUUUCAGACAGAUCUUAUCCCUCAUUCUUCAUCAGAGAGUUCACAAUCGGAACAAAGGCUAUGAAUGUGAUAAAUGUGGGAAAACUUUUAAUAAAAAGUUAACCCUCAUGAUACAUAGGAGAAUCCAUAACGAAAAGGAAAAUUUCAACCAUGAGGAGGCCCCAGGUUCAUGCCCAUCUCUCAGUGUACACCAUAAUAAUCACAUUGUUGAGGGUGCCCACCAGUGCAGAAAAUGUGGGAGAGCCUUCAGCCGAAUGUCGUCCCUUUUACUUCAUAGGAGAAUUCACAAUAGAAAGAAAAUGCAGAAGUAUAAUAAAUGUGGGGCAGGCUUCAAGAAGAGGGCAGCCCUUGUCAAUACAAAAAAUUGUACUGGAAAGAAAACUCAUGGAAAUAAGAAGGCCUUAAGUCAGAGUCUCAAGCAGAGAUCUCAGUAUUUAGAAAAUCCCUUUACAUGUAGAAAGUGUGGGAAGUUCUUCAGCAGGGUCUCGACCUUAAUGCUUCAUCAGAGAGUUCACACUUCGGGGAACCCCUACAAAUGUGAUAAAUGCCAGAAAGACUUUGGACGGCUUUCAACCCUUAUUCUGCACCUAAGGACUCAUAACGGGGAGAAGCAGUUUAAGUGCAAUAAAUGUGGGAAGGUCUGCAAUCGGCAUUCAUCCCUUAUUCAGCACCAGAAAAUCCAUAAAAGGAAAAAGAAACUCUUCGAGUGCAGCGAAUGUGGGAAGAUGUUUUGUGGGAUUAAAAACCUUAAAGUCCAUCUGAACAUUCAUUCAGAAGAGAAACCUUUCAAGUGCAAUAAAUGCAGUAAAGUCUUUGGCCGUCAGUCGUUCCUUAUUGAACAUCAAAGAAUCCACACUGGAGAAAAGCCCUAUCAGUGCGAAGAAUGUGGGAAAGCCUUCAGCCACCGAAUAUCCCUUACCCGGCACAAGAGAAUUCACAGUGAAGACAGACCUUAUGAGUGUGAUCGGUGUGGGAAAGCCUUCAGCCAGGGGGCUCAUCUUGCACAGCAUGAAAGGAUUCACACUGGAGAGAAGCCCUAUGCAUGCAAAACAUGUAAGAAGUCCUUUACCCAGCGCAUAUCCCUCAUUCUACAUGAACGAAGUCAUACGGGGGAGAAACCCUACGAAUGUAACGAGUGUGGGAAGGCUUUCAGUAGUGGCUCAGACCUUAUACGGCACCAGAGAAGCCACUCUUUAGAGAAGCCGUAUGAAUGUAGCAAAUGUGGUAAGGCAUAUAGUCGGAGCUCAUCUCUGAUUCGACAUCAGAGCACGCAUUCAGAGGAAAAAUCCUGA